CCAUACAACCCUUCUUCAUAAAACCCUCAAAGAAUUCACCAUCUUCUGUUGAUAUUAUUAUUUUUAUUUUUCUUUCUUUCGGCUACUGUAAUUGCUUGAGAGAGAGAGAGAGAGAGAGAGAGAGAAAGAGAUAGAGGGAGAGGGAGAGAGAGAGAGAGAGAGUCCUAUGCUGGGGGACUCAGGCAGCAGUGUGUUGGGGAGCUCCGGAGAUGCGGUGGCGGCCAUGGCAGCGUCUGUGCUAGCUCAGGAGGGCGCGGAGGUUGGCGGCGUUGGAUCAAAUUCAGGUGAAGAAGAUAAGGGUUAUAAUAGGGCUGACGAGGGCGAGCGCAGCUACGGCGGAAACCGGUGGCCUCGACAGGAGACUUUGGCGCUCCUGAAGAUACGCUCCGACAUGGGCGUGGUUUUCAGGGACGCAAGUGUAAAGGGUCCAUUGUGGGAGGAGGUUUCCAGGAAGCUGGCAGAACUUGGUUUUCAUCGUAGCGCCAAGAAAUGCAAGGAGAAAUUCGAGAACGUGUACAAGUACCACAAGAGAACCAAAGAAGGCCGCACGGGGAAAGCCGACGGAAAGACUUAUCGUUUCUUCGAUCAAUUAGAGGCUCUCGAAAGCAAUCCUCCAAUUCAAUCACCGACGCCGCCAAAGCCUCAGCCUCAUCAGACGGCUCCGGUGGCAGUAGUAGCAUCAACGACGACAGUGGCAAUGCAGCCAUUAGCUAACCCUCCAAGACAGCUUCCUCCUCAGAUCACUGUUACAUCCGCAGCGCACACAAUGAAUAUGUCUCAAGGCGCCAUUCAUGUCACGCCGCCGAUAAACCUUACUACAAUCCCUUCGUUUCCACAAGCAAACCCUACAGUUCUCCCACCGCCACCGCCUUUUCCAAACCUUUCAGCGGAUCUUAUAUCCAAUUCCACUUCUUCCUCCACUUCCUCGGACGAAGAGCUGGAUGGCGUGCGGCGGAGGAGGAAGAGGAAAUGGAAGGACUUCUUCGAGAGGCUAAUGAAGGAGGUGGUAGAGAAGCAAGAAGAGCUGCAGAAAAGGUUCUUGGAAGCCAUAGAGAAGCGCGAACGCGAGCGCAUGGUUCGAGAAGAAGCUUGGAGAGUGCAAGAGAUGGCAAGAAUUAAUAGAGAGCGCGAGAUAUUAGCCCAAGAAAGAUCCAUAGCCGCCGCCAAGGACGCCGCAGUGAUGGCAUUCUUGCAGAAAAUAUCGGAACAGCAAAACCCAGGUCAAGUAAUUCAAUAUAGUCUACCGCAGCCACAGGCAGCGAAACCGGCGCCACCACCUCCGGCGGCAAAGCCGGCAUUGCCACCACAACCAGCACCGGUAUCGACCCUGGCGGUGACACUGCCGGCACAACCGGUGACAGGUUUGGAAAUCCAGAAGCUUGAUAAUGGGGAGAAUUUCACGCCGACAGGCUCCUCUCGAUGGCCGAAAGUAGAGGUUCAAGCUUUGAUCAAUCUCAGGACAAAUCUUGAUGCGAAGUAUCAAGACAGCGGGCCUAAAGGGCCUCUGUGGGAGGAGAUCUCGGCGGCAAUGAGAAGGAUUGGAUACAACCGAAGUGCGAAGAGAUGCAAAGAGAAGUGGGAGAACAUCAAUAAGUACUUCAAGAAGGUGAAGGAGAGCAACAAGAAGAGGCCGGAGGAUUCGAAGACGUGUCCGUACUUUCACCAGCUAGAUGCUCUAUACAGAGAGAGGAACAAGUUUGAAAACCCAUCAGCGAAUCAAGUAAAGCCCGAUAACAGCAUGGUUCCAUUGAUGGUGCGGCCGGAGCAGCAAUGGCCUCCCCGGCAAGAGGAGCACCCACGAGACGCGGCAAUGGAAGACGCGGAAAGCGAGCCAAUGGAUCAAAACCAGGAAGAGGACGAUAAGGAUAUUGGAGAUGAUGAUGAGGACGAGGAAGAGGACGAGGGGGGUGAGAAUUAUGAGAUAGUCGCAAGUAAACCUGCUUCAAUGGGUGCAGCUGAGUGAGAGACAUGGCCAAGAAGAAAAAGUUUGAGGAAUGUGGGUUGGGUUGCACGGGUUGUCGGGGCGGGGGAAAGUGGGCCCGGUUCGGCGGUGCGUGGUGAAUUUGGAGACGAGGAACUCGCAAAUAUACGCCAAAAACACAUGGGGGGGGGGGGGGGGGGUUGUAGCAUAUAGUCAGUCGGAUUAUAUGUUUAAUUUAUAGAUUAUUUAUUUUUUCGGUUAAAUUAAAUAAUUUGAGAGAGAAAGAGAGAGGGGUGUUCACUGUUCAGGUUCCACAGAAUAAAUAAAAAACGCGGUAUUGUAUUUUUUUUUUUUUUGGUUUACGUUUCAUGGUUGGUGGUGUAAAUGUGAUCGAGAAAUGGUUAUAAGUGUGUUUUUUUUUUU